AUUUCAAAAAACAAAUCAACCCACUGUUUUGCGCUUCGUCCUUCCAGGCUUCCACGAACAGCGAUGGCCGUCGUCUCGAGAAAUUCCGAUGAAAUCUUCAGUAUCUCCUCCACCGUCAACGAAGAUCCUCUCUUACCUUGGCUUGGGUCCAUCCACAAAGCUUUGCAGAAUCAGAAUUCAACCCAGCUCAGCAAUUUUCUAGAUUUCGACGUGCUUGUAGCGAAUUGUAUCCACACCUUCAAGUCGGAUCCGCAGUAUCGAAAUGACAUCAGAUUUCUCAAGAUUUGGUUCCUCUAUAUGGAUGGUAGUUCAGAUUAUGAAAGGGUGUUUAAAGAAAUGGAGGAGCACAGGAUCUGUACAAACAAAGCUCUGCUUUACGAAUCGUUUGCUUUGUUUCUGGAAGCAAAAGGCAGGUUCAUUGACGCCUGUAUGAUAUAUCAACUUGGGAUCUCAAGAAAUGCUGAGCCUCUGGGGAGACUGAAAAAAGCCCAGGUGCUGUUUCUUGAGAGAAUGUCUGAGAGAGUAAUCAGUGGUUCAUUUCAAAAGAUAAAAAUUGGCGUCUCUGGAGAUGGUGGUGAAAAUUUUGUUAAUCCAUGGUCUGUUGCAACUCUAAAAAAUCUAUUGCAGAGGAUGAAUUCUCAAGUUGUACAGUAUGAGGGAUACUAUUCAAGUAACAGAUCAUAUCCAGGAAAAGUGUCAUUAUCCACUUUGCUGAAAUCAGCUAGAAAUAAAACUGUUGACAUAGGUGGAGAGAAGUACCAGAUCAAAGGGUGUGCAGGUCAGGGUGGAUUUGCUCAGGUGUUUAAAGCGUAUCUGAACAGCAAUCCUGAUGAAAUUGUUGCCCUUAAGAUUCAAAAGCCACCCUUUCCUUGGGAAUUUUACAUGUAUCGUCAGCUUGACUUGAGGAUUCCAGAAAAAGAAAGGAAGAGUUUUGGGUUUGCUCACAGAUUACACCUCUACUCUGACUACAGUGUGCUCGUGUCUGAUUAUAUAGCUAAUGGGACACUUCAGGAUGCCAUUAACUCGAAUGUGGUUACUGGUGGGUCCAUGGAAGAGGUGCUAUGUAUUUAUUACACCAAAGAAUUGCUUCAAAUUCUUGAAACUCUGCAUGAUGUUGGGAUCGUCCACGGUGAUUUUAAGCCUGACAAUUUGCUCAUACGGUAUUCCAGGGAUGAUCCAAUAGAAGAUGUAGAUGAGUUACGCCUUCGAAAUGGAACUUGGCGUGAUCAGGGCCUAUGCCUUGUUGACUGGGGAAGAGGAAUCGAUCUGAAUCUAUUUCCAAAGGAUACUAAAUUCAUGGGGGACUGUAGAACUUCUGGCUUCCGUUGCAUUGAGAUGCAAGAAAAAAAACCUUGGGCAUUUCAGGUGGACACAUAUGGUCUUUGUGUCAUAGUUCAUAUGAUGCUUCAUAAUUCUUACAUGGAGAUUGAGAAAACAGCAUCUCCUGAUGGAAGCUUCUUUUACCAGCCCAAAUCACGUUAUAAGCGAUACUGGAAUGUCAAUCUUUGGAAAAACUUGUUUGAAAGUUUACUGAACUUUGAUCCAGCUGAAAAUCACAUGAAAAUGUUGAAAUCUUUGAGGGACACUUUCCAGGAAUAUAUGUGCUCAGACCUAAAGCUUAUCAAGAAGCUCAAGCAAAAUCAGACGCUUGAUUUUUCUUUCUCGGAACUGCUGACAGGUACCUCGUCUUUGAUGUUUACCAUUUGCAGAAGGGAUGGGAACCUUGAUUUCUCAUGGAGAGAAGAGGGUUCUCUGGGAUCCUUUACAGAUAUCGAGUCUUAUCCUGCCUUUUUUAUCUGGCCCACCGUAUUGGCCACAAACAUGGAGGAUGGCUUGCGACAUCCAUCUGUAUUCCAGAAGCUACACAGACAAUCAUAUUUAGUUUCCCCUUUUUCUCCUCAAGCCUACUCCAGAAACACUGGUUUGCACCAUUUGAGUGUUGCAUAUGUUAAUGGAGGACUUCAUAGUCUCUCCUCACCAUCCUUCCGAAGAACUGGCCUGGAAACUGUUCCACAAUUCUCAUCUUUCCUUAUACAGGCUCCAGCCGAGGAUGAAAAAGGGUUAUCUGGAUUUAUGGUGGAUUUCCUCAUGGGAGGUGUUUCUGCUGCCGUAUCCAAGACUGCAGCCGCCCCAAUUGAGAGAGUAAAACUUUUAAUUCAAAAUCAGGAUGAGAUGAUCAGAGCUGGUCGGCUGUCUGAACCUUACAAGGGAAUUUCAGACUGUUUUGCUAGAACCAUUAAGGAUGAAGGUAUUCUUUCCCUUUGGAGAGGCAACACUGCCAACGUUAUCAGAUACUUUCCUACUCAGGCCCUCAACUUUGCAUUCAAAGAUUACUUCAAGAGACUGUUUAACUUCAAGAAGGACAAGGAUGGAUACUGGAAAUGGUUUGCCGGGAACUUGGCAUCUGGUGGUGCUGCUGGUGCCUCAUCUCUCCUGUUCGUUUAUUCACUUGAUUACGCCCGAACACGUUUGGCGAAUGAUGCUAAGGCAGCAAAAAAGGGUGGAGAGAGACAGUUCAAUGGCUUGAUUGACGUUUACAGGAAAACGGUUAAAUCCGAUGGUCUCGUUGGACUUUAUCGCGGGUUUAACAUUUCUUGUGUUGGGAUUAUAGUUUAUCGUGGGCUCUAUUUUGGAAUGUACGACUCACUGAAGCCGGUUGUUCUAACUGAUACAUUGCAGGAUAGUUUUCUAGCUAGUUUCUUGCUGGGGUGGGGUAUCACCAUUGGUGCUGGCCUGGCGUCUUACCCAAUCGAUACUGUGCGUAGAAGGAUGAUGAUGACAUCAGGUGAGGCGGUCAAAUACAAGAGCUCGAUUGAUGCAUUUUCCCAGAUUGUCAAGAAAGAAGGGACCAAAUCGCUCUUUAAAGGUGCUGGGGCCAAUAUAUUGAGGGCUGUUGCAGGUGCUGGUGUGCUGGCUGGAUAUGAUAAAUUGCAGGUUCUCGUUUUUGGUAAGAAAUAUGGAUCAGGUGGCGGUGGUUAA